AUGAACUUUGCACCCGCUCUGCCUCUCGAGGUGUUUGACCUGAUAUUCUCCUACUUCAAAGAUGACGAUAAGGGCCUAUGGUACCGUCUGAGUCUGAUCAACCAUAACUGGUAUGCUGCAGUGACUCCAAGACUCUAUCACACGUUCAAGAACAAUGGCGACUACAGUGAGAGAGAGCGACUCUGGCAGUUUCUCCAAACCGUCAUUGCUUCUCCGGAGCUUGCGGCCCAUGUCAAGACGGUGGACCUUCAGCAUUGCCUGAAGUAUACAGGACCGAAGAGCUUUUGUCUCGCACAGUUUUUAUGUUCUAAGUACCAACAUACUAUCCAGCAGGGAAUUGCACGAUCGGGGCUCUCAGAUCUCCAGGAAAGUCCCCUCAAGCAUGCCCUUCUAAAUGAUGAUAGGAGACCCCUUGUUGCUAUGAUUCUGGCCUUUCUGCCCGCUCUUGAAACUCUCUACAUGCAUGUCUCCGAACCCGAUCCAUAUCUUCGGGCUAUCUUCCCCUAUCUUUCCCUGCAUUCCCUGAAUGGUCCAGGGUCUAACUUGAAGGUCUUCCAGCAGCUCAAACCGCUGUUUCUUGCAGCGGACGAACAGGCUUCAGGGGGUAAAGAUCCUAUUCGAAUAGACGGUGACAUACCAUUCGUCUACUUUCCCGCGCUGCAUGAGUUGAAUCUUUUACAUGUCAAUCUAAAUCCCCAUGUAUUUUCUAGGACGACAAGAAUACAUCAUCCGAACGGGGUUUCCCCGCUCCUAUCCAACGUGAGCAUUGUCCUCCACAAGGACACAAAACUCGAGGGAUUCAUGGGCUUCCUCGAAUGUAUUCCUCACUUGAUCAAUUUCUCGGUCAGUUUCAGUAAUACCCCGGACUCCGAGUGGGCUCCCUACGGCAGAAUCGCGCUUUGGAAGCGACUAUCUAGAUUUGAAAGCUCCCUUCGAUCUCUUGAUCUCUAUGGUAUGGGUGAGCCAUCGCUCCAGCCAGAUACAGACAAGUUCUGCGCGCCAGUGUGGAAAUUCUCCGAAUUGAAAUCACUCUACAUUGAGCCUACAGUGCUAGCAGGCAACUGCGUGGAUCAUAAGCCUCCCGUUCAGCUGAUGCAUCAUCUUCCGGGCGGGUUGAAGCAUCUCGGGUUUUACGGCUAUAAAAAAGUACGUGGUGAUAAUCAUUCGUCAGUCUCUAGUUUGGAGAGUCAGCUUGAACAAUGUGCAAUGAUGUCAUGUCCACCAGAGAGAAUCAGUGUUCAGGCGGUUGGUAUAUCCCUACCCAUCCUAAAAUUACAGACGGCGUGCAGACAAAAAGGCAUUCCUUUAACAAGAAAGCGCCUGGGCCAAGGAGGGUUAUAUUCGGAAUUUGCCCGGUCCAGCUUCAGACACAGCAGGCCGUACCACCCCGGAAUGCAGCAGGCCCUCUUGGACAUUGCUGGGCAUUUGCCACGACAGUAG